GACCCCCUCUUCGCCUCUAGGCUUUUCCAGGUGUGCGGCAGGCGGGCCGUCGCCCCCCCAGCCAUGCCCGUGGACCUGGCCGUGCGGCUCUGCCUGAGCCACUCGCCCCCCAUCCGCAAGCUGCUGAACUCCUACGAGGAGCUGCGGGGCAACCGAGGCCGCAAACCCCUCCGAUCCUGUCUCAACCAGAAGCUGAGCGCAGAACCCGAGCCCGAGCGGCGAGACAGCGCCAAGGGCUCCAAGGGCCAGAAGAAGAAGCGAGUCGUGUUUGCUGAUAUGAAGGGGCUCUCGCUGACGGCCGUCCGCUUCUUCUCAAGGAUUGAGGAGGACCUCUGUGACUUGCAACAUGCCCUGUCAGACCUUGCCUCCUUCCGCCCCAGGCUGUGGGACUCACGCCCAGAAGCGUGCAGGUACGUGCUGGACUUCCCACAGCCCUCAGUGGACUACACGGCUUUCCGCAGCAGCCUGCACAGGAACCUCGUCUGCCUGGAGAGCUGUGUGAUCCAGGACCGUGCUCUGUCAGGGACAGUGAAGGUCAGAAACAUUGCCUAUGAGAAGAAGGUGGCAGUCCGCAUCACCUUCGACGGCUGGAAGAGCUUCCGGGACGUCCCCUGCCAGUACAUGCACAGCACGUACGGCUCAGCCGACACAGACAUCUUCUCUUUUGAGCUCACCCUGCCCAGGCCAGCCAGCGGCCGCAGGGCCACAGAGUUCUGCAUCUCCUUCCAGUGUGGACAGAAGACCCACUGGGACAACAACCAUGGGAAGAACUACAAGAUCCGCCAUGUGGGCGGGUCCUCCCGUGCCGUGAAGAGUGCCAGUGGGGCCUGGGAGCAUCUUGGCACCUCUGGGGCUGCCGCCCUGGUCCUUUCUCACCUGCAGACCUGGCAGCGUUCAGAGACCCAGGCUCCUUACUGGUAGGAGGGCAGUGUGUGAAGACAUCUAGGUCCUCUCCACAUCCCAGACAUGGUACAAGAGUCUUGGGGGAAGGGUCAGCUGCAGAAGAUGCUGCUCACAGUUCUGUUAGCUCCUCCACGGCUCUAGGAGCAGCUGCCGGUCUCUGCAGAAGCUUUUUCCCUGCUGGCUCCUGGCACAGAGGCUGGAAGCUGCUGCUUGGAGUGACUCCUGUAGGUUCUUGCAAGUGACAAGGAACAGGCUGUGAGCCAGAGCCCGCGGCCGGGCCUGAGCCACUCAGGGAGCCAGGGGGCCGGUGCUGCCCAAGUGCCUUGUGUGGAGAGGGCUGCUGGGGAGGGGACGGGCUCCUCGUGCUCCGCUGUCCCGAGAAGGGCUUAGUGCGGGGCCACCGGGCCAAGAGCGGCGGGGCACCUCCGGUCGUUGGUGCUGUAACGGGGAGUUUAAUAAAGUGACGGCGCUUUGCGACUCC